AUGAUGUAUGUUAUUCUAUUAGUGUUGUAUUAUCUAACAGUAUGUUCAGGUAAAAUAAGACAUUAUUACCUAGCUGCUGUAGAAUUAGAAUGGGAUUAUGCUCCUCUUGGAUCCAACAUGGUUACAAAUGACACGACCAUCUCGAAUAAUUUCAUUAAAAAUUCCAAUAACAGAAUUGGCAGUAUUUACAGAAAGAUUGUCUUCCGCCAAUUUACAGACAACCUCUUCAACACACAGAUUUCCACUCCAGAAUGGAUGGGUAUUUUAGGACCUUUAAUUAGAGCGGAAGUGGGUGAUGAAAUGAAUGUACAUUUUAAAAAUCUAGCUUAUUCAAGUGGCAGACCUUUUAGUGUUCAUCCACAUGGUGUUCUUUAUUCUAAAGAUAAUGAAGGAGCGAUCUACCUUGAUAACACUUCCGGUGCUGAUAAGAUAGAUGAUGGCAUUAUGCCUGGACAGAAUUAUACCUAUAUUUGGAAAGUUACCCCGGAGUUCGGUCCGACACCAGCAGAUCCAUCUUGUAUUCCAUGGGGGUACCAUUCACACGUCAAUUCUGAUAAAGAUAUCGACACUGGUUUGAUGGGUAUGCUCUUAACGUGUAAGGCAGGUGCACUGAAUGUGGAUGGAACUCGAAAGGAUUACUCCAAGGAGUAUAUUGUGUACAUGGAUAUAGCUGAUGAAAACAAUGCUUGGAUGAUCCAAUCGAAUCUCAUGAAAUGUGGUGAUCCAGCACAAUGUUUGCAAUCUCCCGAUAUGGGUUUUCGACAAAGUAAUGUGAUGUGGCAUAUCAAUGGAUAUGUGUAUGGUAAUCUACCAGGAUUUGAAGUUAAUGUUGAUGAAAAGACGAUGUGGUAUAUCAUGUCGUUAAAUACUGGAAUACAUUCCAUCAGUUUUAGCGGGAACACAUUAAUACAUCGUAAUCACAGGGUUGACACAAUUCCAUUUUUACCUUCCACGUUUCUGUCUGCCGAGAUGAUCCCAGCUAAUGAAGGAAACUGGCUACUAUACAGCAGAGUUUCCGAAAACUUCCAAGGUGGGAUGGCGGCCUUCUAUAAGAAAGAUAUCUGGAAUUAUGCUCCUUCUGGACAAGAUAAGUUCAAUGGUGGUCGUUUGUUGGAUAAUCCAAAAUCGAAACCAUUCUUCGAAAAAGGUCCAACACGUAUUGGUGGGGCGUAUAUAAAAGCUCGUUAUGUGGAAUAUACUGAUGGAACAUUUACCAAACGCGUAGAACGAUCUUUAGAGGAAGAGCAUCUUGGAUUGUUAGGACCCCCGAUAGUAGCUGAAGUUGGUGAUGAUCUUGUAGUUGUUUUGAGGAAUAAUGCAGACAGACCAUUCUCAUUCCUACCUCAUGGAGUUGUUUACCAAAAGAGCGACGAGGGCUUCAACUAUAAGGACAUAGAAAGUGGUAAACUUACAGGAAAGAUAGUAAAUCCUGGUGGAACAGAGACCUACACCUUCUCUGUACCCAAUAUGAAUGCUGGACCUACUGUAAACGAUUCACCAUGUAUCACCCACACAUACCAAUCAGCUGUAAAUCUGGUUAGAGAUUUAAAUACUGGAUUGUUUGGACCUGUGGUGAUCUGUAAGAGAGGUCAACUUAAAAAUAGUUUCAACCAGGUCAACACACGAUCCUGGUUUUUCAACCACAAGCACAUCUACCUGGCACUGUUUACCAUUGAUGAGAAUUUAUCGUGGUAUAUUGAUGAAAACAUAAGAGCUUCUGCUUGGUCACCUCAACUGGUUGACAAACAAGAUCCCAUGUUUCAAGAAUCAAAUGCUAUGCAUUCUAUCAACGGUCUUCUAUACGGUAAUCUAGAAGGUAUUGACAUGUGUCUCAAUGAGAACAUUGUCUGGCAUCUGAUGGAUUUUGGUGGAACUACAGAUAUGCAUGGAUUAUAUAUUCAUGGACAGACAUGGGUAGAAUUCGGGAACAAUAUUGAUUCAAAGGGUCUUUUACCAGGUUAUUCUUCUACCAUGUGGUCGAAACCAGAUACAGUUGGAACAUGGGCAUUGGAAUGCCGAACGAAUUCACAUUUUGAGACGGGUAUGGUGACAAAAUACACGGUUAAUCAGUGUAACAGAAGAGAAGCAGUAAUGGGUAACACCAAAAUCAGAAGAUAUCAUAUUGGCGCUGUAGAAGUAGAAUGGGAUUAUGCUCCAUUUAAAAGAAGUGUUACCAAUGGACAACCCAUUGAUGAUACAAAUCAGAAAGGUGGUGUUUUCGUGGUGGAUACUGAUGUUCUUAUUGGAAGUAUAUACAAGAAGGCUGUAUACAGGCUCUUUUCUGAUGCUUCUUUUAAAGAAGAAGUUCCACGUACUGCUGCUGAAGACCAUCUUGAGAUAAUGGGACCUUAUAUUAAAGCGGAGGUCGGAGAACGGAUAGAGGUUGUCUUUAAAAAUAUGGCAGGAAAACCAUUGUCAAUACAUCCUCAGGGAUUACAAUAUUCGAAAUCCAUGGAAGGAGCUAAUUACUUUGACGAUAAUGGAAAUGUUGAACCGGCUAAUUCUGUUGAUCCUGGACAAACUUUCACUUACAAAUGGACAGUACCCAUCAGAUCUGGACCAGGCGUAAAUGAUCCUAACUGUAUUGGAAGAAUGUACUACUCCUCGGUUGAUUCAGUCGUCGAUACAUACACUGGUCUUUUUGGACCACUAGUUUUAUGUAGGAGUGGGAUUCUGAACGAAAAUGGACAACGAACGGACGUAGAUAAAGAGUUUGCAGUCAUGUUUAUGGUCAUUGACGAGAAUAAAAGUUUCUAUUUCAAAGAAAACAUUCAGAACAAUCACAUGAACGCUAUAAAUGGACGACUUAUGGGCAAUCUGAACGGUAUAGUCAUGGACCAGAAUGAUAAGGUAGUCUGGUACAUCAUGGGUCUUGGCUCUGCUGAAGACUAUCAUCCUGUACACAUACAUGGACAAGUUUUCACAAGGCGUUCAGAUCGUGCUCAUAGAUCGGAUGUGAUUGAAGUGUUCCCGUCUACAUCUGACACUGUAGAAAUGUUAGCGGUGAAUCCGGGACAAUGGAUUCUUCACUGUCAUUUCAGCAAACAUAAUAAAAAUGGUAUGCAGUUGAUAUAUACUGUAAAUCCAAAGCCAUAA